CAUGGCGGUCAACGGCUCCAUAUAAUAUCAUCAAAAACGCUCCGUGAAAAGGUUAACCCCCCAAACCCAACCCCAAACCCACGAACACUGUCUUGUACGGACACAACGAGAGGCUCGAGGUCUCGGUUUGGUUUGGCCGAGAGCCGUAUGGGAAGGAUGGGAGGCAAUUCCAGGGCUUAUACUGUGAACCCCAGCGACUACAAACUUCUUGAAGAGGUUGGAUAUGGUGCCAGCGCUACGGUUUUCAGAGCGAUCUAUCUUCCUUCCAAUGAAGUCGUCGCUGUCAAGUGCUUGGAUCUCGAUCGCUGCAAUAGCAAUCUGGAUGACAUACGAAGGGAGGCUCAAACAAUGAGCUUGAUUGAUCAUCCAAAUGUCAUAAGGGCAUAUUGUUCCUUUGUUGUUGAACGGAAUCUUUGGGUGGUCAUGCCAUUCAUGGCAGAAGGUUCUUGUUUGCACCUUAUGAAGAUUGCAUAUCCAGAUGGCUUUGAGGAGGCUGCUAUUGGUUCUAUUCUUAAAGAAACCCUUAAGGCUUUGGAUUACCUCCAUCAACAAGGGCACAUUCAUCGGGAUGUAAAGGCUGGAAACAUUCUACUAGAUAGUAAUGGGAUUGUAAAGCUUGCCGACUUCGGUGUUUCUGCUUGCAUGUUUGAUGCAGGUGACAGGCAGCGGUCAAGAAAUACAUUUGUGGGAACUCCAUGCUGGAUGGCACCAGAGGUACUGCAACCAGGAAGUGGAUAUAAUUCCAAGGCUGAUAUAUGGUCAUUCGGUAUUACGGCACUGGAGUUGGCUCAUGGUCAUGCACCUUUUUCUAAAUAUCCUCCAAUGAAGGUUCUCCUGAUGACCAUACAGAAUGCCCCUCCAGGACUUGAUUAUGAUCGUGAUAAAAAGUUCUCUAAGUCUUUUAAAGAAAUGGUGGCUAUGUGCCUGGUGAAAGAUCAAACAAAGAGGCCAACAGCAGAAAAACUAUUAAAACACUCCUUUUUCAAGCAUGCAAAACCUCCAGAGCUUUCUGUGAAGAAAUUGUUUGCCGACUUGCCACCGCUUUGGAAUCGUGUGAAAGCCCUUCAGAUUAAAGAUGCGGCACAACUAGCUCUGAAGAAAAUGCCUUCUGCAGAACAAGAGGCAUUGUCACAGAGUGAAUACCAGCGAGGAGUUAGUGCCUGGAACUUUGACGUUGAGGAUUUGAAAGCUCAAGCAUCACUGGUGCGAGACGACGAUGAUUUGUCAGAGGUGAGGGAAGAAGAUGAAAAAUUAAAAUCAUUUGUGAUUGAUAAGUACCCAUCUCAUGGUCAAUCCAAUUUGGAGAAAUUCAACUCAAACAGUGAACCACCUUUGGAUGAUGGCGGAGGGAAAAUAAGUAGUGAUAUAGUACAGCCAGCUGAAUACUUGAACAAAAAGGGGAAGGGUCUGGGAUGUGAUAUACCAGAAUCUGCUUGCCAAGAGAGAACUGGCUGGAAGAAAAAUGGAUCAGCCACUGAGGCAACAGCAUCUACAUCUGAAAAGGAUGUGGUAUUGCCCAAGGCCAGAACUCAAAGUGUGAAAAGUCGCCAAGCUGUGAGUGGCCCACUCAUGCCUGGUGCUGUGCUUAGUCAUUCAUUGUCCGAAAGGGCACGAAUCUCUGAAAGGAAAGAGAAUGAUAAUCAACCUAAGAAUGAGAUUGCUCAUCGUGAGGUACGGCGAACACCGAGCUUUAGUGGUCCUCUGAUGCUUCCAACACGAGCUUCAGCAAACAGUUUAUCAGCUCCAAUAAAGUCUUCUGGAGGAUUUAGAGAUUCUUUGGAUGACAAGUCAAAGUCCAAUCUUGUGCAAAUUAAAGGAAGAUUCUCUGUAACAUCGGAAAAUUUGGAUCUUGUAAAGGAUAUUCCAUUAAGUACCGUUCCACGUCGAUCUUCACAGGGAUCACCUCUGAGAAAGUCUGCUAGUGUUGGUGAAUGGAUAUUUGACUCCAAGCAAGCGCCUCUCAAUCAGCCACCCAAGGAGUUUAAUAACAGCACAGUACCUGCAUCGGUUCUCAUGCCUCACCUUCAGAAUCUUUUUCAGCAGACUUCAAUUCAACAGGAUCUCAUUAUGAAUAUGUUAAGCAGUUUGCAACUGGCUGAGGUUGCAGAUGCUUCUCAAAAUGGGAAGUUGCCUCCACUACCUCGCAGUCCAGAGAACAAUGGAAGUGUCGAAACAGCAGCUUCUGAGAGGGAGCGCCUACUGCUCAUCAAGAUCUCAGAGCUUCAGGCUAGGAUGAACAAUUUGACUGAUGAACUGACUGCUGAAAAGUUGAAAUUCAUACAAUUGCAGCAGCAGCUGAUUUCGUUAUCAAGUCGGGAAGAAAACGGGGAUAGAGGAGAAGGGGAUGCCUGAAAACUGAAAUAUGUGUAGUCAGUGUAAAGUGAAAUUGCCAUGUACGUCUGGAGAGAGCUGUAAAUCAUGCAGAAAGUAUUUUCCAACAUUCUUUAUCAUCGGUGCUGAAAAUGCAGACUCUGUAUGGCUGUUGGCCGAAGUGAACGUACAAGAAAGUGUGGGAAUAAUGUUUCUGGGGGCUCUUCCGCCAAUAUGCUUAAUAAAUUUCCUACAAGAGCGGAGCUACUUCAGAUGGGGAAUAAGCAGAAAUUUACAAGUCCAUCAGUAUAUUAUUUUUUCUCUCCAUUUAUCUCUCAUUGAAAUCCAAGUUAGUUUCUUGUUUUUUUUUGGGUUUUUCCUUCUGGUAGUGUUGUAACACCAAAGCUGGCGGUUAGAAGUUGUUUGUUGUAGUAGUAGCCAUGAGAAGGGGAAAAAAGAAAAGAAAGGGGCUAGUUAUAGGUGGUAUUUGUUUAAUCAUUUAGUUUCAUAUUAAUUUAUAAUGUUCGAACGCAGACUUCCAACUUUUAUUUUUGUCAGAAAGGAAAUUUCUCUGAGCUUUGUAUA